ACGCAACAAUUUAUCUUCCGGUUCAGGGUUCGGGCAGCAUGAUGGCGGUGCGUGGCGAGAACGUGUCUCAGAACUCCGAAGACGAACUCCAACACAGCGAUUCAGAAGCUGAAAGUGCAGAUGGAGAAUCAGGCGAAGCGGAAAACACGGACAGCCAUGAUGGUAACGAAGCGGAGAGGGAAGAGGAUGAAGAAAAUGACGCCGUCGGUGGCUGGGCAGACGCCAUGGCAAAGAUCCUCGGGAAGAAAACCUCAGAGAACAAGAGUAGCAUCCUAGUUAAAAAGAAAGAUGCGGCGGAGAAAGCAGAGCAUCUGGAGAAGAAGAAACAAAUAGACAAGAAGCGAAUGUGGGAGAUGAUGUUUCGGGAAAAGCCUGACAUAGUGCGGGACCGUGAGACGGAGAGAGCGCUGCAGAAGACCGCCACCAGAGGGGUGGUCCAGCUUUUCAACGCUGUGAGGAAACAUCAGAAAAACACAAAUGAAGCUAUGAAAGAGGUCGGUGGGUCCGAAAGAAAGAAGGCCAAGAUUAUAUCUUCUAUUUCAAAGAAAGACUUCAUCGGUGUCCUCAGGAGAACAGAGGAAGGAGACGGAGUUCCAGUCAAGACGGAGAAUCUUCCUCCUCCUCCCGCAGAGGAGGAGAAACCCGCCUGGAGUGUCCUUAGGGAGGAUUUCAUGAUGGAAGCCAACAUGAAAGAUUGGGACAAAAACAGUGACACUGAAGAGGCAAAUCGGGAGUGACGUAGCCUCGGUCUGCUCCUUUACAAAAACUUGAUGCUCCGAGGGACUGAACCGCAGGAGACGAUAUUUGUUUUCCUUCGCUUGCAUAGAUGUUCAUAGAUCAUAUUUUUGAGAUGCUCCACUUCAACUUAAAUUUGUAGUAUCAGAUAUCUUAGUUUUUCUAAACGCUGCUGCUGAAAAGAUUUUUCCGAUGGAAAGAAGCAUAUACUUUCAAAGUGUGUUCAGAUUCUAUUUCCAGUUCUUUAAGAAAAAUAAAUUACACAAAAUUGAAAAAAAAAAACUGAUUUUUUUUUAUAAUACUGACACCUGCUGGACGUUUAAAGACACUACAGGCAGUUUAUUUUACAGAUUAAACUGAAUUGAUUCGAUAAACAAGUACAAUGAUAUAAUUUAAGUUAUUGUAGGUUAUAGUGUAUUAUUAUCUGUUUAAAUAGAAAUUAUCUUUAUUUUUAGAUGCAGCUAAUAAAUGUGAAAAUAUAUCAGAAUGUAAAAAAUUUGAGGAAAAUGUGAAUGAGGAUGCAUGUGGACUAGGAUCUUAAACACAUCUUAAAAUACCGUAAAAACUAAAAAAAAAAAAA